CCCCAUACAGCAUUUUUUCCACAGCAAAUGCGCGUCAUUGAGGCCGUCGCCUUUGUUGCGCUCGGUGCGAUUUGGGGCUCUUCGUUCCUCUUCAUCAAGUGGUCUGCGACCUACUUUCCCCCGCUGACGCUUGUGGGCAUGCGACUGCUCCUCGCGGCCAUCAUCAUGUUCGCCUUCAACGGCAUCCUUGCGGUCGUCCGGCCAUCACACCGCGACAUCCUCAAGAGCCACUUCCGACGUGACUUUAUUCUCAAGGCGCUGAUGAUGGGCUUCCUCAAUAACACCAUCCCGUUCACUCUGGUCGCUUGGGCCGAAACAAAGUCGGCAGUCAACGUCGGCAUCACAUCCGUGCUCGACUCGGCCAUUCCGCUGUUUGGCCAGCUCUUUGGUCACUUCUUGCUGCCGAAUGAACGCAUUACACUGAAGCGCGGCAUCGGUCUCGUCGUUGGUUUUGCUGGUGUCAUUGUCGUGUGCCUGGAGCGCAUGAUUGACUCUGGCGACGACGACUCCAACAGCGACACCUGCAACGCCUGUGUCUACGGUUACUAUGCCAUGAUUAUCGGCGCCACCGCCUCGUAUGCCAUUGCAUCAGUGUGGGGCAAGCGCACGCUCCACGAGUUCAACCCCGUCGUGACGGCAACCGCCCAAAUCACCUCUGGCAUGCUCAUCAAUGUCAUUCUUGCGCUUCUCUGGGAGUUCAACUGGCCUGUUGAUAACUUUGCCGGACAAACACACUUCUCUUUCCUUGACGAUGCCGACUACAAGGCCUGGAUUGGCAUUGUGUAUUUGGGCGUCGUGUCCACCUGCAUUGCCUACUCGCUGUACUUUUACCUUCUCGCCACGAUCGGAUCUGUUCGUCAAACGAUGGUCGGCUUCUUGCUGCCCAUUUUCGGCGUCUUCGAAGGUGCUCUGUUCAACAGCGACUGGGCUGGCGUGAGCUGGGUCUACAAGGUUUUGGAAGUUGUCGGCACCCUGCUUAUUGGUGCUGGUAUCUACUUUGUCAACAUGUCGGACAAGAAGAAGCCGCAGCCAGACGGCGAGUCGGACGACGAAAAGGUGGCGCUCAUCAACGAGACCAGCAGCGAUUACAAGUCGUACGCAAAUGGCGGCGUUACACGGUUCCUCAACAACCAGGUCAUCAACGGCGCACCAACCUCGCCGCACGAUCCUCGAACAAGUAUGCACAAUGUGCAAUCAUACGCUUAGAAUGAGUCCCCUGCCCAUAUGUCAGCUGUAGCGACUGCAUGUUUCGAGUCGAUAAUCAAUUUCGUUGUAAAUGUAGAUCUAUGUCAAAUUUUC